GAGGAAACCGGGUGACCAGAUCGACGUUCCUUCUUCUUUGCACGAGAACCCAGGUUGGCAGGUUGCGUCUGAAGCUUCUCACUGCGAUCCUGCUCAGUGAUCAGGUAGAUAACUGAGGGGAAUUUGGUCUGUUUGUCAGUGCGGUCAGGGUAAUGUUGGUGUUUGCAAGUUCUAAUAUACAAAGGUUAGAGUCACUCUUAUGAUGAUUCUGACCAUGGUUGAUGCAAACAUUGUAAUGAGUUAGAAUCACUCUAUAGAGAUGAAUUGUGUGCGAACAACCUUUGUGAUUCUUGGCUUCUUAUUCUUCUUCUACUCUUGGGAUGUUCUUGUGCUUUGUUCCCGUAUCAUUUCCUCUGAUCACUGUGACCGUACAGCUCAGCAGGACCCAAGAACUCUCCGCUCUGACCAGCUAACGGUCCUCAUCAAUGGAUACUCUGAGUCACGCAUCCCUCUCCUUCAAUCCAUUGUCACUGCAUAUGCUGCAUCCUCUUUGGUGUCAUCAAUUCUAGUCCUUUGGGGAAACCCUUCAACCCCAUCCCAAACCUUGGCCCAACUUGCCAACAAUCUCACACAUUCCUCAUUUGGCUUCAAUAGCAUCUCCUUAAUCUGUCAAUCAUCAAACAGUCUCAAUAACCGGUUCCUCCCCCGACCCUUAAUUAAGACCCGAGCUGUGUUGGUGUGUGAUGAUGAUGUUGAGGUUGAUCCCAAAUCCUUUGAGUUUGCAUUUAGAAUGUGGGGAGCAAACCCUGAUCGUCUCAUUGGGUUCUUUGUCAGAUCACAUGACAUAGACUUAUCAAAGAAAGAAUGGAUUUACACUGUGCAUCCAGACAAGUAUUCAAUCAUGCUCACUAAGUUUAUGAUUUUCAAAAGUCAGUACUUGUUUCAGUACAGCUGUGCAGGAGGGACUGUAAUGGCCAACAUGAGGAAGAUUGUGGAUAAGAUGCAUAAUUGCGAGGACAUAUUAAUGAACUUUGUGAUUGCAGAUGAGGUCAAUGCCGGACCUAUAUUGGUUGGCGCUGAGAGGGUCAGGGAUUGGGGGGAUGCACGCAAUGAUCAUGACAAUAGGGAUGGUGAAGGACGGCGAGGAUUGAAUGGGGAGGUUGCGCAAGUGGGUUUAAGUAGUAGGAAAGAGAAGCAUAGGAAGAGAAGAGGGGAGUGUAUAGGUCAGUUUCAUAGGGUGUUGGGGAGAAUGCCUCUGAGGUAUAGUUAUGGAAAGGUUGUCAACUCUGUUGGUGAACAAGGGCUGUGUCAAAAAGGAGGAAAAUUGGUGCUUUGUGAUCAAUCAUAGUUGGUUUUUCUUUUUCAGGGAGAACAGAAAUUCGGUUUUUAGAUCAAAAUAGAGUAGCACUACGGAAUGAUGUCUGCUUUUCCUUGUUCAUGUAUAUUGGUUCUUUUACAAGUUUAAACUUUAAAGUAACAAGUUCUGUAGUUAUGAGCAUUAUCUACCUUGCCAAUGUAAUUCUCAUGUUCUCUGCUAAUCUUUGCCGUCUCAUGUUUGAUGUUGUCGUCAAAAUGGAUUUGGUUGGCUGCUGUAUAACCUGU